AUGACCGGUCCGUCGCAGUUGGAAGCGGUGCUGUCACUGCCGCAAGUACGCGUCAAAGACAUCAAGGCGACGUGCGACAAACUGCAAAAGUUCGUGGCGGGCGGCGCCGAUCAGCUGAUGGUCAUCUCCGACUUUGACUUCACGCUCUCCCGCUUCGCCGACAAGUCCGGCUCCCGCUGCUCCUCGUGCUAUUGCGUUUUCGACAACGCCGUCGGCACGAACAACCCCGAGUGGUGCCGCAAAUUCGUCGGACUCUACCACAAAUACGGUCCCGUCGAGCACGAUCAUUCGCUGUCGAUUGAGGAGAAAGUGCCGUUCAUGGAGGCGUGGUGGCAGCAAUCACACGAGCUCAUCAUUAAGGGCGGCUUCAAUCGGCAGGCCAUCGAUGAUUACGUCGCACAUUGCAAUAUUCAGUUGAGGUACGCACGCUUGGGACCUUUCUUCACAUUUUUCAUGAACAUUUAUCAUUCAGAGACAACGCGGACAUAAUGAUGAAGAAGAUGUCACUGCACGCGGUGCCGUUCAUCAUCUUCUCGGCGGGCAUCGGCACGAUCAUCGAGAUGUACCUGAAGCACAAGUUCGGCCGCGUCGAGCCGAACACGCACAUCGUCUCGAACAUGAUGGGCUUCGACGAGAACGGCUUCGUCAACGCGUUCUCAGAGCCGCUCAUCCACGUCUUCUGCAAGAACUCGUCGGUUCUGCCCGCCGAUUUGACGUUCUCCGAGCAGAUUCACGGCCGCAAAAAUGUGAUUCUGAUGGGCGACAGUGUCGGCGACGCAUUCAUGGACGUCGGCGUCGAGGAGGAGCAGCUCUCGCUCAAAAUCGGAUUCGUAAAUCAUGAUGUAAGUGCGCACUGUUGAUAAAUCAUGGGAAAAUUCUGGGAUUUUUGCUGAAAACUUCACAAUUUACUAUUCUUUUUGCAGGUAGACAAGCUCGUCGACAAGUACCUAAACUACUUUGACAUCGUGCUCGUCGACGACCAAUCGAUGGACGUUCCCAACCGAAUUCUGGAGGCGAUCUACGCUAAAUCCUACUGA